AACUUACCGCCGGGCGCCGCUCCUGGGGAGCCGCCGGGCCCGCGCCGCCGCCCCGGAGGCCCCGCGGAGUGUGUGUGUGCUAGGACUGUCUGAACCUCCCUGUAACUAAUAGCCCGUAUAUAAUUUGGAAGGAGAAAUCUUCAAUGGAAGACCCCGAGGGAAUAAAUGGGAAGUCUGUGCAGAAGUCCCAAACCAGUUCAGAUGUUGCUGUUUCCUCAAGCUGCAGGUCUAUGGAAAUGCAGGAUCUAGCCAGCCCACACAGACGACUAAGUGGUAGUAGUGAAUCCCCCAGUGGUCCAAAACUUGAUAACUCCCAUAUAAAUAAUAAUUCCAUGACACCCAAUGGCACAGAAGUUAAAACAGAACCAAUGAACAGCAGUGAGAUCGCUACUACUACUACCACAGACGGGUCUUUAGACAAUUUCUCAGGAUCAGCAAUUGGAAGCAGUGGUUUCAGCCCAAGACAAACACACCAGUUCUCCCCACCACAGAUUUACCCUUCCAACAGACCCUACCCACAUAUUCUCCCUACCCCGUCUUCACAAACGAUGGCUGCCUAUGGGCAGACGCAGUUUACGGCGGGAAUGCAGCAAGCUACAGCCUAUGCCACUUACCCCCAGCCCGGCCAGCCCUACGGAAUCCCUUCCUAUGGUGCAUUGUGGGCAGGCAUCAAGACAGAAGGUGGAUUGGCACAGUCACAGUCACCUGGACAGACAGGAUUUCUAAGCUACGGUGCCAGCUUUAGCACACCUCAACCUGGACAGGCUCCCUAUAGCUACCAGAUGCAAGGCAGCAGUUUUACAACAUCAUCAGGAAUAUAUGCAGGAAAUAAUUCACUCACAAAUUCUACUGGAUUUAAUAGUUCACAGCAGGAAUAUCCCUCUUAUCCCAGUUUUGGCCAGGGCCAAUAUGCACAGUAUUAUAAUAGCUCACCAUACCCUUCACAUUACAUGACAAACAGCAACACCAGCCCUACGACACCCUCCACAAAUGCAACAUACCAGCUUCAAGAACCGCCAUCUGGCAUCACCAGUCAAGCAGUUACAGAUCCUGCAGCAGAAUACAGUACAAUCCACAGUCCAUCAACCCCCAUUAAAGAUUCAGAUUCAGAUAGAUUGCGUCGUAGUUCAGAUGGGAAAUCACGUGGACGUGGCAGAAGAAACAACAAUCCUUCACCACCACCUGACUCUGAUCUGGAGAGAGUAUUCAUUUGGGAUUUGGAUGAGACAAUCAUCAUUUUCCAUUCCUUGCUUACAGGGUCCUAUGCUAACAGAUAUGGAAGGGAUCCUCCCACUUCUGUGUCCCUUGGACUCCGAAUGGAAGAGAUGAUUUUCAAUUUGGCGGACACACAUCUAUUCUUUAACGAUUUAGAAGAAUGCGACCAGGUUCACAUUGACGACGUGUCUUCGGAUGACAACGGUCAAGAUUUAAGCACAUAUAACUUCGGAACAGACGGCUUUCCCGCGGCUGCCACCAGUGCCAAUCUGUGCCUGGCGACCGGCGUGCGCGGAGGAGUGGACUGGAUGCGGAAACUGGCCUUCCGCUACAGACGAGUAAAAGAAAUAUACAACACCUACAAAAAUAACGUUGGAGGUCUUCUUGGUCCAGCAAAAAGAGAGGCUUGGUUGCAACUAAGAGCAGAAAUUGAAGCUUUGACAGAUUCUUGGUUAACACUUGCACUGAAAGCACUCACCCUCAUACAUUCAAGGACAAACUGUGUGAACAUUCUUGUAACAACUACUCAGCUAAUUCCAGCUCUGGCAAAAGUCUUGUUGUAUGGACUAGGAGUUGUAUUUCCCAUAGAGAAUAUUUACAGUGCAACUAAAAUAGGAAAGGAAAGUUGUUUUGAGCGAAUAAUUCAAAGAUUUGGAAGAAAAGUAGUGUAUGUUGUUAUAGGAGAUGGUGUCGAAGAAGAACAAGGCGCAAAAAAGCAUGCUAUGCCAUUUUGGAGGAUCUCGAGCCACUCUGACCUUAUGGCCCUUCACCACGCCUUGGAACUGGAGUACUUGUAGCAGCUUAGCAGCACUUUCAAACCUCAGAGCCUCCUUCUGCCCGUGGAUGAGAUGCCUGUGUCUUGUGUCAGCAUUGGACUACAGAACUUUGUGAUUUCGACAUGUUGACGUGCAGCUGCAAUCGGUCUUAACCCUUGCCCUUUCAGAGAACGGAGGAGCAUGUCCUUUUCUUCAGAACAGCUGUUGGCUCCGGUACUGCCAGUCCAACGAAAAUAAGCCAUGCGAGUGUUUGAACAACUCAUCGUUACCGUGUUUGCUACCAAACAAGAAAUAGAGGAGGAAAAAAUAAAAUGGGGAAGAAAAAAAAAAAAAAAAGAAGAAAAGAAAAGGAAAUAAGAGGUUCAAACCUGUGAAGAAAAGAAAAAGGACCUGCAAAUGCUUUGUAGUUUUUAGCCUCUUCAAUGUGACACACACAAUUUCUUCAACACAGCAAACUUGAUUGCACAAUGAAGACUGAGAUUUUACAAAAUAUACCAGUGGAGUAAUUUUCUUAUAAAGAAGGUUUACGUUUUGGUUUCUCAUACCCAGGGUACUCUGUACAUCUUUACUUAUUUAUGAACAGACUGUAUUUUGACAUCAUAUAACUGAGGAUAUGUGUAAUAGGAUUAAAGGCUAUUAUAAGCCUUUGCCUUAUGGUACAGCAACUACUUUUGAUUUUAGCACAUUACAGAGUAGUUUAAAAUAUGUCUAAUUUAAACUAAUAGGUACAUCACUGAGACAAUCAUGUACAGGAAGAAUUUUUUGUGUAAAUUUGUAAUAAUGAAUGAUUCUUUUACAUAUUGUUAAGGUAAAUGCUAUUGAAAGAUAGUAAUGCCUUGUUGGUGAAGAAUGAGGCCACGUGUGCACAAAUUUGUGCAGUGCCUUAUCAAUGUGUUGGAUAUAAAUAUGUAGAUAAUGAAUUUUUUUUAGAUAAAUUUGUCAAGACCAAAAGCAUGGAUGUCAAGUGUCAAUAGGAAUUGGGUUUUGUUCUCAGCUGUUUCUCUGCCAUUUUCUUCUCUCACCCACUCUGAUUAUGAAAAGAUUGAUUUUGUGUGUCCCCCUGGUUGAAGCAAAUACAGAUAAAACCCAAGUGAAGAGGAAGCCUUUAUUGUCUUUUUGCUUCCUCUUUUAAAGUUAACAUAUUAACUCUUUCUUAGAGUAUUAAAAGAUUAAUUAGGAGAGUCAUUCCAUAAAGAAAUAGAGAAAGAACACAAUAUAUUUUAAGAUGUAAAUUAAACUGGAACCUUGGUACUGAAUAGCCUUUGUCUCAUCCAAAAAUGAAGGAAACUAUCAUCACUAAUAUUUUUAGAAAUUAGAAAUGUGAAUAUUUUGGAGAAAUUAAACAAGAAUGCUCAUAUACAUUUAAGUUUUUUAAUCCUCUUCCACCAGGAGUCAGAUUUUCCCAAGACAUAACAUCCAUUGCCGGCAAUGGAAAUGCUGAAAUUAUUAUCACCAAGGAGUUAAAAUUUGCUUUUGUCUGUACUAACUUAAAGGACAAACCUAGAUCAUGUCUGUCUGUGACUUGUGACUUUUCUGAUCUUGAAGGCUUUGAGCUACUUGGUUAAAUAAACUGUUAGUCUGA